CCCCACGACUGACUUCCGGUUCCGGUCCUGCCCCAGGCACUCCGCGCCGUGGAACGCGGUGUCUGGCUGGCUUCGUGCGGGCACCCCGCGGGGCCAAGGCCGGGCUGCUGUCGGUGAUGUGGCUGCGGGGCGUGGGCCCGCGAGGCCGGGCCGUGGGCGCCGUCCUCCGAGACUCGGGGGCUUGCUGGAUCUCGGUCUGGGACUGCUGCUGGAGGCUUUCUGGAAAAGGUAUUGUCCUUCCAAGGUGCUUGGCCAGAGUGGGAGCCGGUGAUGGCCACAAAGAGUUGGGGAUGGACCAUGUGGAAGGGGGGUCCCGAGGAGAGCUCAAGCCUCCUACAAACUGCUGCAUGAGUGGCUGUCCCAACUGUGUGUGGGUAGCGUAUGCAGAGACGCUGCUGCACCACUACCAGGACGGUGGGGAGCGGGCCUUGGCCGACCUGGAGGAGCACGUGACUGAUGAGAAUCUCAAGGCCUUCCUCAGGAUGGAGAUCCGGCUCCACACUCAGGGUCGAGGCUGAGUCAGCCUGCCCCAGUACCCUCACCGCAGACACCAGCGGGCAGCUCUGGUUCUGGAAGCAGCAGCAUCCUCUUGAGUCACACCCCUUUUCUGGGCUUAUGUUAUCUAGGAAUCAAAAGAGUUGUCUUACUGAGUACCUGAGAAUAAAUGAACUCCUUGUGGUGGCCACAUAGGAAGCUUUUAUAUU